AUGCGAACGCAAUACAAUAAAUCGGAAAACACCACUGAGAUUGCUAUCGGUAGCUGACAGCAAUGGAUUCUUCAACAACUGUGACUGCCGAUACUAGAAGUGAGGCUAUUUCGAACAGGAUAUCCUUCAAACAAGUUGUUGUCAUUUUUGUUGGAAUACUCUUUCUUGCCAAGCAAUUCRAGUCGUCUCUCAAAUUCGAAACAGGAGAAACUCUAUGGUGGCAGAACACAGCUGAGAAACAUUCRCAUWACAUUACGCAGCAAGAAAUCAUAGCACCUCUGGAUGAAAUCAACUCGACACCCCGGAACACGACGAGAAUCGAAAAUGAUAAAGAUAAACUASAGCGGUUGCCACCCCGUGACGACAAAGAAGGAAGGGRAGGAAUCAUCCGGGAGGGAAAAGUAACAGUUCGAAGCAAAAGAAACAGCAGGAARAACAGCAAGAARAAUGCGAAACAMGACACAUGGAGAAAAGGAGACGAAGACCCCGACUUGAUAAUACCCUUACACAUUGAUACCGAAAAGUUGGAAAAGAAUCAAUUUGGAAAUGAUUACGACGUUGCCAAGGCCGAAGCCAACGACCCCCUUCUAGAUAUUCUUCCUUCUACGUAUCGCAAGUCCGAAACYCUGCCCACRUGGAUGAAGGAAUACUUUGAUUGGCAUCGUAUUCAAACYGCUUCCAUGAACGAAACGAAUUGGAUGRGCAGUGAUGACUACUACAAUAGGACAAAGGAUGAAGGCAUGGUAAACGAAGAGGAAUACAUCGCURACAAUCGAAAAUAUCUAAUUGUGCACUGUCUUACCAAGGAGAAAUGCGGUGGAUUGAGCGAUCGCCUGAAGCCUUUGUUAAUGAGCGUCGCCACAGCUGCCCACCAACCCACCGGUCUCAACGGAAAAGAACACAGACGGAUACUUCUUAUACGGUGGCAGCGUCCUUACCGCUUGGAGGAAUUUUUGGUCCCAAACGAGGUCAACUGGACGGUCCCCUCUUACAUGGAAAAAGCUUUAUCMAGAAAGGAGGAAAAUAGGUCCCCUGAACAGCGCUUCGAAGGGUCUUCCAUAAAACGAGUUUCCGUGAGAAAGAAGAUUGAGCUAUUCUCUGAAGAGCACGAAGACACUACCGUGAUGAACAUAAAAUUACAGGAGCAAGACGGUGGAAGAGGAUUUUACCAGUAUAUUGUGGAUGUCGCCUAUGGUAGCAAUGAAACAGCGACCGAUCCUUUACACRUCAAACUUGAGCGAUACCAGGGUGUGAAAAAGASAGACAAAUCCCAGAGGGAAGAAAGGGCUUUCCAAAGCUGGAACAAAAUAUACCAUAGUUUCUUUCGGACAAUAUUCAAGCCCUCCGAGCCGGUCCGAGCAUUGAUCGACGACAAACUCCGUGUACUGAACCUGACGCCGGGUGAAUUUUUGGGUGUCCACUACCGAGCGGAUUACGGCAUGGGCGAGGCCGAGCGAUCCGGCCCCGAACUGAUCGGUAACACCGCAUCGACMAUUGUCGGCARGUGUGCGUCUCUCUUGACCGAUGGAUCUCCGAUCUAUUUUGCGUCGGACACGACCAGUGCCAUCGAGAGGGUGCAAGAGGAAAGUACGRWCCUAUCCACUAAGAAUAUCACUGUUACGACACCACUCGCGGCUGAUCUGGCUAUGAACAAAUCCCUUGCUGAAAAUCCAAAGAAUCCACUUCACAUUGAAUGGGAUAUGGGGCCCGUAGAAGAUUUCUAUCCGACUUUUGUUGAUCUCUUGGUCAUGGGUUCGUCCAAGUGUAUGAUCUAUGGCCAGGGUGGUUUUGGAUCUUUUGCCUCGUUGCUAAGCUACAACGCCUCGUGCUGGUACAAUUUUGCCACAAAAUGCGACCUGCCCAUCGAGAGGCAAAAAUUUGUAUCGCCCGUGGCAUCUAUGCUUCCAUCAGAAUGCUGYAUUCCCCAUAAAAUAGACAGAAAGCAAUCAAAAAUAGCUAGGAAAGAACGAUUGCAAGAGGAAAAAAUCAAAAAAGCCCAACUUGCAGAAGGAAGUGCAAACGAUGGUAGUGGUUCAGAUGAUGGAACCGAUGACGGAACCGAUGACGGAACCGAUGACGGAACCGAUGACGGAACUGAUGACGGAACUGAUGAUGACAGAACUGAUGAUGACAGAACUGAUGAUGACAGAACUGAUGAUGACAGAACUGAUGAUGACAGAACUGAUGAUGGAACUGAUGACGGAACUGAUGAUGGAGACGAUGAAAAUAAGGAUGGAAACGAUGAUGGGACUGACGAUGGAAACGAUAAUGGAACGGUUACUGAGACAGACUAACCACGUAUGCCCUGCCUACAUCCUAUGACUUUAAAGAGCAGCGCCGACAGCAUUUGCCAUUGCUAUUCUUAGACUAGGUCUAUGGCAGUACGGGGACUCAUUUCUUACCUGCUCAACCGAUCUAAAUCUAUGCCAAUGGACGGAAUGGGUGUACUUUCUUCGAAUUAGACGGUGACUCAUUUCUUACCUGCUCAACCGAUCUAAAUCUAUGCCAAUGGACGGAAUGGGUGUACUUUCUUCGAAUUAGACGGUGAGAUUACAGAUAUUUUACUCUGUGCCAAAUCGAAUGAAAAUGGCGAUUGUCGACUCAUUGAAAUGUCGUCGGUUACCACACUGGAAAGACAACGCUAAGAGAUAUCUCUAAACUYGGAUCGCUCUUAGCCUCGUGCACUUUUUGAUAAAAGACAGGGGAAAAAUGAAUUAUGAGUCUAAUCGUCAAUUACGAUCACAAUGUUGGAGAUGACGUAUCAUGAGCUAUUCAUUCCUUCAAACUUCGCUGCUAUUUCGUUCAGUUCUAGGAUACAGCAACAGAUAAAACAAUACCUAAAUG